AUGCCCGCCAACGACGAUUUGCAACUGCAGGCAGUCCUGCAGGAUGCCGUGAACGAGACCAACUUCGACCGCGAGGCCUUUGCGAGAACUCACCCGCGUAAGAAGUCCGAUACUGCGCUAUCCGCAUUGGCUAAGCAGAUCGAGAUGACAGCCAUAUCUACAAAGGUGGUUGGAAACACCACGACGCUUACUGCAGGCCGAUCUCUCUCCCCUGCUAAUGACCAAGUGAACAUUCAGAAGCUCUCUGACCUGGCUGUCCUCCAUGUUCGCCGAAACAAAGAGGGUCCUGGCCUACUCUUUGGUCCCUGGCUAGGCCCUGACCAGAUCACCUUUGAAGGAACCAUAAACGUCAAGGAUUUCGAAAGCCAGUCCAACAACCACCCGGAUGAGCAUUUUCGGGAGUUCAAGCUCCGUACUUUACUGGCAUACUCUUGGUACGAUCAGAUGUCUCAGCUAUACAGUAUCGCCCGACACCAGUCAACCAUUAUCAGCAAUAUCAAAGAACGGGCCUUGUUGAGACUGGCACAAGCCACUCGCUCUGCCACUGUAGCAGCAGAAGCCGCAGCGGUCUCCCUGGCACACCGCCCUAGCAUCGAAAACCCCGUCGACGAUGCCAAUAACGCGAUUAUCGCGAGCCUGAAUGAUGUCAUAGCCAAUAAGGAUGACAUCAUACAGAAGAUGCAAGAUAAAUCGACACCUCGAGUCGUAUCAUCGCCGACAACGCUACUAGCGGAUCACUACGUAGUGCAACCCCUUUCUCCACAACUGAUAGCACUACUCGUCGUAGCGCCAAGAUCUCCGACCCCCCUGUUCUAUAAUGAUAAGGACAAGAUCACGUUUAACGCCUGGAUGCGGCAGAUUGAGAACAAGCUGGACGUCAACUCUGAUUACUAUGAUAGCGACCGCGCUCGACAGUCGUAUAUCGAGUUCCGAUUAGCGGGCAAAGCCUCGUACCAGUUGGAACCGUACCUCGAGGACGCCUACCCAAACCAGAUUGAGACCUCAGAAGCACUCUUGACCUGGCUGAAGAAUGAGUUCCGUGAUGACAAGCUGAUCCGGGAAUAUAUCGACGAUACUGUUGACUUUGAGACGUACGCCAAGAUCGGCGCCGAGUACGCUCUGAACCUCAAGUUGGCAUAUGUAAGGAAAGAGCACCCCAAACGCCCGGUCCGGCCCAGGCGCCACCAGCUGGCCCCAAACACCCGGCCCAGGCACCCGCCAGAUUGAGCCACCUAACUAUGUAUAUAAAUAGUGGCCCUCGCCCACCUUCCUUUGCGAGGGCCAGGUUGAAGUCUUUUACCAAUGCCAGUCAUUGCUUGCCCUCUUGUUCCCUCCAUCAUGAC